UUCAAAGGCUGUUUAAUGGCGUACCCUGGCACUAAGCAGGCGGAGGUCUCUGUAUGCCAAACCUUGUUUAACACUGUUAAUGUUGGACAGUGACUGGGUUGUGUUAGCACCUAUGGGCCUCUUAUUCCAUCUAAACGAACACAACAGAUCACAGGUGACUGGGCUGUCUCUAGUCCUGCAGCUGAUUCGAGAGGCUGUUUCUAAUGGGGAGGCCCCCAUCUAGGGCAUGUCCCUUGCCCGAUGUGGCCAGUAUUUGCACAGGGCUUGUUUGAUGAGCAUUAUGUUCUUCAGAAGAUGCCUACUCCAGGAGUCAAAAUAGCAUGAAAUUUAAUUUUACGCCUGUUUGACAAACCUUGAUUUCGCCUCCAAUCAGCAGCGGAGAUAAGAGCCCUCUGCACAAGUGUGCGGGGCGGUUUGGCAGCUGUGACUGCAGAUUUAAUAGGUGAAUCUACAGGAACAACACUUGAAAAUCCCCUGGGAAGUCAACCAUUAAGGUGAGCCCUAUCUUCCGUCCCACUGGCUCCCUUGCUGCAGUGUUCUCUGGUUGCUGGGCGCUAAAGCAAACCAAAGCUCUGUUUACUGAGUCUACUGUUACAAUACAGCUACCAAAUAUUUGCCAGCCGUCAGUCCAGCUCCACUAUAAAUACUUCAGCCCCAGGUGGAGGGAUGACCAGGGGAGAGAAAGAGCCUGGGAUGCUACGCAUGGCACGGCUGCAGCAGCGAGCGUGACUGCACUGCCCAGCAGCACCAGUCCGUACACAGUGAGGCAAGAUGGCUGCAGGAGUGAUCAGGAACCUGGCAGAGUUCAGGCUGCCUGCUUCCUUUCAACAGUCAUUCCUCCACCCCACCCCUCCCCAGGACAUGGACUUCCAAGACCUGUCAGAGGAGGAGGAGGAGGUGGAAGAGGAAGAGGACUACGAUGUGGAAGAGGACAGCCAUCCCUGUCACAGUCCUGGCACAGAGGGGCAGAAAGUCAGAGCUGAUUGCAGCCAGAGUGACGCAGAAAUGACCCUGCAGCUCCUGAAGUUCUCCGAGCUGAUCAGCUGUGACAUUCAGAGAUACUUUGGAAGGAAGACCAAGGAUGAGGACCCCGACUCCUGCAAUAUCUAUGAGGACUGCUUCUCUCCCCGCCGGCUGGGGCGGGAGCGGUACUACGCAGACCUGAUGCGACUUGCCCAGAGCAACGAGCUGGAUGGUGAGGAUGCCCAGGGCCCUGCGCCACCCCCAGGGCAGCUUGACCAUCAGGUCUGGAGGUCCAUCUGUAACAAGGAUGGGGCGCAGAAGCUGGGGCCAUUAGCAGAGCUCUUUGAAUACGGCUUGCGCCGCUUCCUCAAGCAGAGGGCGGCUGAUGGCAGGAAGCUGCGGCUGGAGAAGAAGUAUGCCCACAUCAUGCCCAUGCACAAGAGGAAGCUGCCACAGUCCUUCUGGAAGGAACCGUCACCCGGCCCCCUGUGCAUCCUCAACACAAACCCGCCUGAUUUCAGCGACCUCCUGGCCAACUGGACCUCAGAGCCCGGGCAGGAGCUGCCGAGCACCGGCAGGGAGCUGACUGGGGAGCUGGCCAGGCCGGCCAUGGAAACCGAUCAGUUCAGUGUGCUGUGAGGCGGAGGAACUGGGAACCCAGCCAGCCCCUGUGCUGGACGGACGCUCCAUGCCCAUAAGGUGCUGCUGAGGAUUGGCUCUGGAUGAGAGCACCAUGCCCACCCACAGUUCUGACUCCAGACUGAACCAAGCGCCCAAACCGACACCUGGCCUAUGCACCACGGGCCGUAGCCUGCUCUCACCCCUGAAACCUGGCAGGCUCCGAGUCCCUCCCAGCUGCAGCGUCAGCCUUUGUGCCCAUCCUGUAAAACCAUCCAUGUCUAUGUGUCCUGCAGGGAUGUUGGGCAGUGUCAGGCUGCAGCUGCUGCCAUCUGAUAGUUGCAUCCCCACCAUGUGCCACCCUGGUUAAUGAUAAAGCUCACUCCCUUUUUAUGAGACAGGGCCCUGAUGCCAUGGGUGGGGGUUGGGAGACACAUCACCUGGGAUUUACCAGCAACCCAGACCCGGGCUGUGGCAAUGGAGGUGUUUGAUUUUAUUUUCCUCGGAUUGCAAUGGCACUGGCUAGGGCAAAUAAAUGCUUCUUUUGAGUGCAUGUGUAUCAACAA